AUGUUUUCGCCACUCAAAUAUCAUGCAAUAGACUACGUAUUUGAGAAUGUAGUUAGAAAGAGACUUACCAGAAAUGCUUUAUUGCUUCAAACUCCUUCCUGUUUGUUUCAAGAUGAAAGUCAUGCAGGGGUGACUAAUGAUAAAUUUAGGAAGCCAUGGACGAGAGUCACGGCUGUUUCAGUUGGGGGACUGACAGAUCACUCACUCUUGGAUCAAUGGAAAUCAAGUCUCUCUGUGGAAGAUUUCCUUGAGAAAAAAACAGUUACAAGAAUGCCUACCCAGAUUAAUUGUGAAUCUGAGGAAGUUGUUCCAAGUUCAAACCCAAACUCCCAAACUGAAGUGGAGGAAGCUGAUUUGUAUGCCUGUGAAGACUACAGAGAAGCCUUUGCAGUAGUCAACUGCGUCGAAAAGUGCCCUGCGCUUCAGACACAGAUCCAAGAUUUUUUUAUUGAUGAGGAAGAAAUUUCUGUAAAUGAGAUGAUGUCCCACAGAAGUAAUUUACCAACUUUGAAUAGUCAAUCGAGGAGACUAAAACUGUUCUCAGUAGAGAGUCCUCUUUCAGAUUUCAAAGAACAGAUGUCUACAAAAUCUAACUUUUCCAGGGAAUGUUUCUCUUUUCAAGAGAAUAUGGAAGUUAAUGAGAAAGACGAAUUUUACAAAUACAAAGAGAACUUUUGCCUGGAGAAACUAGAGGACACAGUAGGUUAAAAUGAUUCAUCAGAUUUGUCUGUUGAGAGUGAAUUCUUGAUAUCUACAAGCCUCAAUCAAGAUGUUGAUAAUCCAUCAUUCCCAGAACUGAAUGAGCCAUUAUACUUAAUGCCAGAAAGAAUAAAUUAUGCAGAUAAAAAUGAAAACACUUACCAAAGAGAUCUUACUACCAAGGGUAGAAGUGAUACUGUGGAUGUAACAUGCAGUCCCAAAGACAUUUUGACAGUUCAAAGUCUGGGUGAACCAGAGUACAGUGAAAGAGGAAAGUUACAAAUGUCAUUAACUCCUCUACACAGAACAAGCCAACAUUCCUCAGUGCGCUCAUUAAAUACAAGGCUUCAGAUUUUUCCAUUUUCUCCCAUUCGUAAAAUUAAUUUAAUUACCACCGAAGAAUCAGCUAAUAAAUAUUGGCUGGUAUGGUGUCCAUUAGAAAGCUGCCGAAGUGUUUUGAAACAAUUGAUGCUUACAGUACCAAGGACUCAUGUGCCCAGGAGACAUUAUUCAGUUACGUGUUUUAAAAAGGCGUUUUCUGUUGAAGAUGAAAGCCUUGUGAUUCGUCCUCUAAAGGGAGAAUGGUGGAAACAAGUAGCACUAGAUCUGGUAAUGACAGAAACCUUGGAACAUCUAAAUACAGAUUUGAGUCACAUUUGUCUAUCUUCUGACAAUACUAAAAUGGAGAUCAUUUUUCCUACAAAAUUGCUUCAAUUGGAAUCAUGGCUAGAACAUACAAGUUAUUCUUUACCUAUUGUAUGUAUUAUUGAGAAAUCUGAAAAUGAUCAUUUAUCACUGCCACAAAAAAGUCUACCUCUUGCAAAAGAAGUGCCAGCUCUGGGUUUUCCUGAUAAAUGUAUCUCUGUUAAAAGAUCAUCGAAAGAAGAGACCCCAAAGAAUGAUCCAGAGUUAGUUGAUAGGAUAGUCCAAAAGACAGAAAAUGAAGAUCACAUUGACCUUGACUGCACAGUACUGUGUAUUGACUCAUGCUCAUCUUCAGGAAUUGAAGAAGUGUCCUUUGAAUGUAAAAGACAACAGAAUGAUUCAGACCUUUUGAGUGACUUUAUUAUGUUACGAAAUAAAUAUAAGAUUUGCUCCUCAAAGACAGAUGUCACAAAUAGUGAUGAAAACGAUGAUGAAGCACUUCCUUUGACUCCUCAAGAAGAAAGUCCUAAUGUUUGUACUAAUAAAACCCUAGAGAAAAUAAAUCAAGGAAGAGCAGAUCAUAUCAUUGAAAUUCAAGCAUCAGCUAGCCAAUCCCGAGCAUACUGUUUCUUAGAAGCAGCGGCUACUCCUAUCUUAAGAAAGCUUGCAUGCCUCGGUGUGCUCCCUGCUGAUAAUUGGAAAUUUGCCACUAUUAUCUUUGAUCAGUCAAGGUUCCUUUUAAAGGAACAAGAAAAAGUAAUAAGUGAUUCUAGUCACUUAGGUAUAAAUGAUGAAAGAGAAACGACAUUCAAGCAUGCUGCUCUUUUACAUAUUCUGGUAACAACUAGAGAUAUCCUUUUAACGUGUAGCUUGGACACAGCAUUGGGGUAUUUGUCAAAUGCCAAGGAUGUGUACAAAAGCAUUUUAGGCUCCUGCUUGGAUGACAUUUGGAGGCAGCUGGAGAUUGUGCAGUUUAUUAGGAAAAGAAAUCCUGAAACCAACUACAAGAUACAAAAAUUACAGUGUCAAAUACUAAGGUGGAUCCAAAUUCAAGAGCAAAUUAAGGUACUAAUAAUAAUAAGAAUGGACUCAGAUGGUGAAAAACAUUUACUCAUUAAAAUCCUUAGCAAAAUAGAAGGUUUAAUAUUGACUGUCUUUCAUUCAAAUAACAGAAAAAAAUCCCUGGGAUCUACAGGUGUUUUAAAUGGUUCCUGUUCCUGUGUAGUUAUACAUAAUCAAUAUAUUGAGGCUGAUUUCCCGUGGAGUAAUUUCUCAUUUGUGGUUGAAUACAAUUAUUCAGAAAACUCCUAUUGGACUAAACACUGUGAGAAGUUGAAUAUUCCUUAUAUGGCUUUUAAAACAGUUCUUCCAGACACAGUUUUAAAGAGAAGCAAUUUGCUGGAUAGAUUUAGUGGUUUUCUAUUGGAAAUUCAGAUUCCAUAUGUGUUUUUUGCAUCUGAAGGAAUUCUUAAUACUCCAGAAAUACUUCAGCUGUUAGAAUCCAAUUACGAUAUCACACUAGUGGAGAGAAGCUGCAGUGAGUCAUUGAAACUCUUUGGAAAUAUAGAACAUUAUGUAGUGGUGACAAUUGAUGAACACACUGCCAUAAUUUUGCAGGAUUUAGAAGAAUUGAAUUAUGAGAAGGCAUCAGAUAUCAUCAUCAUGAGACUAAUGGCACUAUCAUUUCAGUACAGCUGUUGUUGGAUAAUUUUAUAUUCAAAAAACACCUUGGAUUCAGAGUAUCACCUUACAGAAAAGACACUUCAUCACCUGGCCCUAAUUUAUGCAGCUUUGGGUUCAUCUGCCCUAAAAUCUGAACAACUGGAUGUAAAGCCUAUAAUUGUAGCAGGAAGAGAAGAGGCUGCAUUGAUGAUUCGGCAAAUUGCUGACCACAAUUUAAUGACCUCCAAGAGAAAGCCUCAUGAAUGGUUGGAUAAAUCCUGGCUUGACGUUUCACCCUCCAAGGAAGAAAUGUACUUACUUGAUUUUCCAUGUAUCAGUCCAUUGGUGGCUCAGCUCAUGUUAAGUAAAGGGCUUUCAUUGCACUGGAUACUAAUAGCAAGUCUUUGCCAACUUCAGAAGCUCCUCCCUGAAGUUCCAGAAAAAGUAUUAAAGCAUUUUUGUAGCAUCACGUCCUUAUUCCAGAUUAAUUCUUCUUCCAUGACAAAAUCACCUCAAAUUCCAUCACCUCAGGAAAAGAUGAAUCAUCCUAGUGCCUAUACUUCUCAAAGUUUAACUUUCGGUUCUUCAGACGCUGUCAUUCAGAAACGUGAUGACUCUUAUCAAUAUUCAGACUUUGGAGAGACAGUCCAAGAAGACACAAAUACUGUUUCUAAUUAUAGCCCUUCCCUUAUGGGACUAAGGGAAAAGCCAUGCAUUUCACCAUCUGUGGAUUCUUAUAGUCAGACCCGCUCCUGGAAAGGCUCCAGUUAUGACAGAAACGUAGUGCAGAAUAACCCUUUUCUAAUUAAUACAGAAUCAAAGAAAGAGACUUAUCAUCCCUUUCUAAAUGAAAAUGAUUCAGAGUCAGAUGUCUUUGGUUUGGGACUAACACAAAUGGAUUGUGAAACCAGACUGUUACCAUCUUUUACUGGUCAGAAAAUUGCUCCUAACUUUAUAAAUUAUCAGGAAAAGAGGCCACAUGAAGCAAAAGGGUCCACAAAUAAAGAAGUAUCUUCCCCUAUCUUUUUACCAGAAGGCUCACAAUUUCCACUUUGUUGGAAUGUUAAUAAAAAUAAAUGUGAGCAGAACAACUCAUUCAACUUACAAGAUGAUGCAUAUGACAAAUGGUACUCCCAGAAAAGUGAUUUGUUCACUAACCAGCAAAAAUAUCCAUCAGAGGAGUUAGAAGACUUAACAUACGAAGGUUCAAAACCAGGGACUGAACAAUCUUCCUGGAGAGAGUUACCAUCUUCCCCCAGUUUGGAUUUGUUUUCUUCAUCUAAUGCAAAUGUAAAUCUAAAGGAAGUUGACAGCCUGUAUUUCUAUCAAAGAACUGGAAAGCAUGUAGGACAGAAAAGGUACUCGGAAUCUUCGCCUGGUGCAGAAGUCCUGGGAUCAUUACCAGGUAACGUACUAUCCAGUAUACCACAACGCAAAAAACGCCGUUUAGUGUAUGAAAAAGUCCCCGGUAGAGCUGAUGGACAAACGCGGCUGAGGUUUUAUGAAUGAGGCAAUGAAGAGUGCUAAGUGCGUUCUGCUGCUUCUGGUGACGACACAGUAACAAACAUUAUUUAAAUUUGCUCACACAUUAAGGAAAAUGCAAUUGCCAUAUCUUUUCACAUACAAUGGCUACAUGUAAAUAAUGCACACCUGCAUAGAGCAGGCAUAGUGUUCAUAGGAAACUAAGCACGAGAGCAGUUUGCCCUGUUUACAAAAAAAAAAAAAAGCAUAGUGGGUGUGUUAUUCCCCUAAAGAUACAGCAUUUUCUUGGGUGUUCUCUGUUUGAUAUUAAAUUUUUC